GCAUUUUUCACUCCCAGACAACACUUAUUAGGACCGUAAGUAACAUGAGGAAGCCUCGAAGGAGAUCCCGGCAGAAUGCCGAAGGCAGGCGUUCUCCAUCCCCUUAUAGCCUCAAGUGCUCCCCAACUCGAGAGACACUAACUUAUGCCCAGGCACAGCGGAUUGUGGAGGUGGACAUUGAUGGACGACUGCACCGAAUCAGCAUCUAUGACCCUCUGAAAAUCAUCACUGAGGAUGAGCUGACAGCUCAGGACAUCACCGAAUGUAAUAGCAACAAAGAAAACAGUGAGCAGCCUCUGUUUCCUGGCAAGUCCAAGAAAACCUCUUCAAAAGGAAAGAAAAAGGAGUCCUGUUCCAAGCAUGCCCCAGGCACCUCCUUCCACCUGCCUCAGCCCAGCUUCCGAGUGGUUGACUCAUGCAGCCAGCCAGAUGCACCACCCCUCCCUGCUGCUUACUAUCGCUACAUUGAGAAGCCACCAGAGGACUUGGAUGCCGAUGUGGAAUAUGACAUGGAUGAGGAGGACCUGGCGUGGUUAGACAUGGUGAAUGAGAAGAGAGUGGUGGAUGGCCAUGGGACCAUCUCCGCUGACACAUUUGAAUUGCUGGUAGAUAGACUAGAAAAGGAAUCCUAUUUAGAGAGCCGAAGUAGUGGGGCUCAGCAGACCCUCAUUGAUGAAGAUGCUUUCUGCUGUGUCUGCAUGGAUGAUGAGUGUCACAACAGCAAUGUCAUCCUCUUCUGUGACAUUUGCAACCUGGCUGUGCACCAGGAGUGCUAUGGGGUCCCCUACAUUCCAGAGGGACAGUGGCUUUGCCGAUGCUGCUUACAGUCCCCUUCCCGUCCUGUGGACUGUGUUCUUUGCCCCAACAAGGGUGGGGCCUUCAAGCAGACCAGUGAUGGGCACUGGGCUCAUGUGGUGUGUGCCAUCUGGAUCCCUGAGGUCUGUUUUGCUAAUACCGUGUUUCUGGAGCCUAUUGAGGGUAUUGACAAUAUCCCACCAGCUCGAUGGAAGUUGACCUGCUACAUUUGUAAGCAGAAGGGCCUAGGUGCUGCUAUCCAAUGCCACAAGGUGAAUUGCUACACAGCCUUUCAUGUGACAUGUGCCCAGCGGGCUGGGUUGUUUAUGAAGAUAGAGCCCAUGAGAGAAACCAGCCUAAAUGGUACUACUUUCACAGUUCGAAAGACAGCCUACUGUGAAGCCCACUCCCCACCUGGCACUGUGAAGAAGGACGUUCUCCCUGUGGUCUCCGGUGAAGGUGGGGAAGAAGAUGAGGCAAAGGAGGGAGGAGGAGAAGAAGAAAGCAAGGUCCCAGUAAGCAGUGCCCUGAAGACUUCCCUAAAGAAGAACAAAAUGAAAGUGAAGCAGAAGAUCAAGAAGGAGUCAGAGGACCCAGUGAAGGAUUCACCUGCAACAGCACCCCUAGUGACUAUAACACAGAUCCCAUCCUGCAGGUUGAACAAGAUCUGUAGUGGCCUCUCCCUGCAGAGGAAGACCCAAUUCAUGCAGCGGCUGCAUAACUACUGGCUGCUGAAACGGCAGGCGAGGAAUGGUGUUCCUCUCAUCCGGCGCCUACACUCGCACCUUCAGUCCCAAAGAAAUGCUGAGCAGAAGGAACAGGACGAGAAAACCAGUGCUGUAAAGGAAGAGCUUAAGUACUGGCAGAAGCUUCGCCAUGACCUGGAGCGGGCACGGCUGUUGAUUGAGCUGAUCCGAAAGAGAGAGAAGCUCAAGAGGGAGCAGGUCAAGGUUCAACAGGCCACAAUGGAGUUGGAGCUGACUCCUUUUAACGUCUUGUUGCGCACUACUCUGGAUCUUCUACAGGAGAAAGAUCCUGCCCAAAUCUUUGCUGAACCUGUCAACCUGAGUGAGGUUCCAGAUUACCUGGAAUUCAUAUCCAAGCCAAUGGAUUUUUCCACCAUGAGACUGAAGCUGGAGUCCCAUCUGUACCACACCUUGGAGGAAUUUGAGGAGGACUUUAACCUUAUAGUUACCAACUGUAUGAAGUACAAUGCUAAAGACACAAUUUUCCACCGCGCAGCUGUCCGCUUGAGGGACCUGGGAGGGGCUGUCCUACGGCACGCCCGGCGGCAGGCAGAGAACAUCGGCUAUGACCAUGAGGUGGGAACCCACCUACCUGAGUCACCCAAAAUGGAGGACUUUUAUCGCUUCUCCUGGGAGGACGUGGACAACAUCCUCCUCCCAGAGAACCGGGCUCACCUAUCCCUGGAGGUGCAGCUGAAGGAGCUUCUGGAGAAGCUGGACCUGGUGAGCACGAUGCGAUCCAGUGGGGCUCGGACCCGCCGUGUUCGCCUGCUGCGGCGGGAGAUCAACACCCUCCGGCAAAAGCUGGCACAGCAGCAGCCAAACAAGAUGGUGCCCAAUGGGGAGUUGCCACCAGGGCCCCGGGAGGAGGUGGACGUGGUGGAGAAGGCCCUGCAUGGAGAGGAAGAGGAGGAUGGGGAGAAAGCAGAUGACACCAAGCCUCCUCAUCCCCCAACUCUGGAGCCUACAGGGCCAGCACCUUCCAUCUCUGAUCUGGAUUCCCUCCAGGACCCUCCAACUUUGAAACCUAUCAGUGAGAGCAAAAUCCCAAUAAGGCUUUCAAAAUACGGGAAGGUGGAGGAUGAGAUCUUGGACAAGGUCCCAUCACAACGAGGGAGCCAGCCCUUCCAGCACCUGCUGAGUGACAAUGGCCUUAACAGACUGUCCCUUCCAGCCCUUGAGAUGUCCACUAUGCCCCCCCUUAGUGGUGUGGGCCGCCGUACCUCUGUCCUUUUCAAAAAGGCCAAGAAUGGGGUUAAACUUCAAAGAAGCUCUGAUGGGGCCCUUGAGAAUGGAGAGGACCACAAUCUGAUGGACCUGCCUGCUUCCCCGGCCAGCCCUGAAGGCGAGAGGCAAGCUCAGAAGCGACCACAGAGCAGGAGUUGCAGCGAGAGUGAUGGGGAGAAAUCCCCUCAGCAGGUGGAAGAGACAGGAGUCACCAACGGCUUUGGGAAGCACACAGAAAGUGGGUCUGAUUCAGAAUGUAGUUCUGGUCUUGGUGGUGGCCUGGCAUUUGAAACUUGCAGUGGUCUGACUCCUCCAAAACGAAGCCGUGGGAAACCAGCUCUUUCUCGAGUCCCUUUUCUGGAAGGUGUAAAUGGAGACUCAGACUACAGCAGCUCAGGCAGAAGCCUCUUGAUGCCUUUGGAAGAUAAUGCAGACCUGGAGCCCUUAGAGCUGGUGUGGGCCAAGUGCCGAGGCUAUCCUUCCUACCCUGCCUUGAUUAUUGAUCCCAAGAUGCCCCGUGAGGGCCUUCUGCACAACGGUGUGCCUAUUCCUGUCCCACCACUGGAUGUGCUAAAGCUGGGGGAGCAGAAGCAAGUGGAGGCUGGAGAGAAACUCUUCCUUGUCCUCUUCUUUGACAACAAGCGGACCUGGCAGUGGCUUCCUCGGGACAAAGUCCUUCCCCUAGGAGUAGAAGACACCGUGGACAAAUUGAAGAUGCUGGAGGGCCGCAAGACCAGCAUUCGCAAGUCUGUGCAAGUGGCCUAUGACCGUGCCAUGAUCCACUUGAGCCGGGUUCGGGGCCACCAUCCUUUUGUCACCUCUGGUUACCUGUAAGGGAGUGGGACGUGGCCUGCCUGCCUUUGCCUCUGAUCCUGGAGUGGGGAACCCUGCCCUCCCUGUGGUGGGACGAACGGCAGACAGCCUCUCCCUGGUGCUGUGGAGGAUAGGGGGCUGGAGCCUGAAGAGUCCAUGGAGAAACGUCCUGUUGUGGACAGCAGCAUGACUCCCAUGGUCGGCCCUAUCAUGUGCCAAAAAUUCCUAGCUGAGUUCCUUCAGAGGAUGAUUUCCUGAAGAGCCAGCUAGAGGCAGGGACAGAAGCUGGGAUGUGGGCCCUGCUGUGGAGGAUGGCUCCUGAGCUCGACAGCCCAGGGGCUGCUACCCCCCCCCCCCCAGUACACCUCAGAUUGGGCAAGGAUCUGAUCUUGACCCCAGAGGUGCUGUAGAUACACUAGGGUCCCAUGGAGAAUCUUGCUGAGCCCAUCUUGUGCAUCCCCUCUCUGCUGCUCACUCACUAUCACUUCUUCUGUAAGAUUUCCUCUCUCCCCUUUUUUCUCUCACUUGCUCACACUUUUGCUCCUUUGCUUACUCUCUUGUGCCAAAUUGAUAGAAAUUCUCACCAAACUAAAUUAUUUUUUAAAGUCCCAGUUUCCCUGUAGAUCUGGCUGCUAUAAGGGCAGGGUCACCAGGUGUGGCCCUUUCCAGGACACCAGGACAGAAACUAGUAAAACAUCUGUAAUACCAACAUCCACCCCCGGGAAACAGAAUCAGGAAAUAGACAUUGCCUCGGGGUUAGACUUCAUUAAUUUGGUCCCUAAGAGUGCAGGUGUCUCAGCAUCCUGUGGGGUUUUUUUUUUUCCCUGGGGUAACUGAGGCAUAGACAAGGCUGCAGUGAUAGAUGUCUCCAUUUUCCAACUUUAUGGCUGAAGAACAGCAUGAUAGGGAAGGACCCUUCCCUCCUCAGACACUGGAUGUCAUUAGUGUUUGAAAGUUUCUUGUUGCCCUCCGGCUGUGUCUGACCUGAUACUCCCUUCCCCUUUUCCCAGUCACCUCUUUCCUCUCUUUUCACCUACUUUGUCCUCCAUUGUGGGUAAGGUCCCUGCUUGCUGGGCCCUCAAGUUGUGCCAGCAGUACCUCUUGUCCCUCUCCUCCUCUUCACAGCCUUGCUCCUCCCUGUUACUCGUACAGCAGAACCCUCAGGUGGAGGGGAGGAUAAAACCCUGCAACAAAAAAAAACAAAAAACCUUUCAUUUCAGUAUCUCCUUCACCUCCCUAACCCCUAAAAAACUGUGAACUGGGAAUGUCAACCAGAAGUGUUGAUAUCUGUUCUCUUCUGCCCUCAGUCCCCAGUUGUUUCCCCCCUACACUCUAGCACCAAAGUCACAGGGCCUGGUUGCAGACCACCAAGCACUGCGUUGCUUUUUAACCUGUUGUUCUUUUUUUUAAUUGUUUUAAAUUUUUCAUAGGGGAAUUUUGGAUGAAAUGAAAUCCUGGGGGGAGAUCACUGCCAUUUCUACUCAGUCGACUUUUUAAAAGGGAAGAAAACAAACAAAAUACCCACCCACCACUACUUAUACGUUUGGGACAUGAGCCAGAGUUUAAGGGUAAACCAACAGAGCAGGUCCGUACCAUUGAAAGGAUGGCUGGGGUUUGGGUUUUUUGUAAAAUAAUAUGAUGCCUAGAGCCGUGUGGAUAGGGAAAGAUGUGAUGUACAUAGUUGUAAGAUAUUGUUCUAAAUUAUUCAGGCCUAUUGUUUCCCUUCUUGAAAGUCCCCCCCGCCCCUGCCCGUCCACUCCCAACCCCCAAUUGUGUGGCUGGGUCUUUUAAACUCACACAGUGAGUGCCAUUUUAUUGAAAGGAGCCAAUGCUUUCCCCCAGGUAGUUGAUCAGCUGUGGACUUUGUGACCUGUGUCUAAACCUGUGUUUUAAGAUCUUGGGGCUUUCUCCCCUGCCCCUUUCUCUGUCUCUCUGUCUCUUUCUCUUUUUUAAAAUGAUCUUUUAGAAUGGGAAUUGGCUGAGAUCCUGCUGUGGCACCGGGCCCAUGCGUCACUGUCGAGUCUGCUGUGAAGAAGCACACGAUGCUCUAUUUAUUGUAGAAAGUGACUUUAUUUGCUUUCUAGAAUUGUUUAUAUCAGAUGGUAUAAGAGAGGUAAUUAAAAAAAAGAAAAAUCUAUGCUUGUAAAGAAGACAAAAGUUAAUUUUACCUACUAUAAUAUGACUGUCUGAAACUUUUUUUUCUCCCUGAGAAAUAAAUGUUCUA